GUAGUACACAUAUUGUACAUUUCUAGUGACGUCAUUUAGCAACAACGCAACACAAGUUGGAAAGUGAGAUCGAAGUGAUUUCAUUUUGAUCACAUAGAAUAUGGGUAAAAAGGUAAAGAAGGAAGAGAAGACAGCACCAGAUGAUGUGUUUGACACAUUACUGGUGGAGAGUCGCCAGGCUGCCACUGUGGUGCUGAUGUUGGACAGCCCAGAGGAGGAAGUGCAAUCCAAGGCCUGUGAAGCCAUUUACAAGUUUGUUGACAAAUGUGAUGAGAACAAGAAAGUUCUGAUGGAUCUUGGGGCUGUGGAGAAGAUGCUGAAACUGAUGCAGAGUGAAGACAGAAUUGUGAGAAGAAAUGCACUCAUGGCAUUUGGUGUUAUGUCUGCACAUCCUGAUGUCCGCAAGCUUCUUAGAAAGCAAGAAGAAUGUAUACCCACAGUUGUUUCACUGCUCAAUCCAGAAGAGGACACAGUGUGUCACGAGUUUGCUGCCAUGUGCCUGUCCUAUUUGUCCAAUGACUUCAGCAGCAAGGUGGCCAUAUUUGAACAGAAUGGUCUGGAGCCCCUAAUCAGAUGUCUCUCAGCCAGUGACCCCGAUGUUCAAAAGAAUGCUAUUGAGUCUAUAGCUCACAUGUUGCAGGACUACCAAGCCAGAACAGCCAUCAAUGAGUUGAAUGGCCUCCCCUCCAUCAUUGACCUGCUCAAGUCUGAAUACACUGUGAUUCAGGAACUCGCUCUCAUCUCACUGGAGAGAGCUGCACAAGAUCCGGAGAACAGGGCAACAAUGCGUGAAAUUGAAGCUCUGGACACACUGAUCAAGUUCAUAGGCACGCCCGAAUACAGCGACUUGCAUGUGUACGCUGUUCAAGUGCUGUCGAAUUGUCUAGACGAUAUAGAAAGUAUGGAGCAAAUCAAGGAAAGCGGAGGGCUUCAGAAGCUGGUUGCUUUUAUCACAGAUGUUGCUCCCCCUGAAGAUGAACCCAAGGCAAAGGGAGGAAAAGGAGAGAAAGGAGGAGGAUCUAGGAAAGGAAAAAAGGGAAAAGAUGAUGAUGAUGAAAGUAAGCACAAGGGGAAAGGAGGCAAUGAGGGAGACAUAGUACCUACUUUACCCGAUGUCAAGCAGUUUGCUGCCAAGGCAAUUGCAAGAGCAGCAAAGAAUGCUGAGAACAGGAAAGUUCUUCACGAGCAAGAAGUGGAGAAGAUGUUGAUCAUCUUGCUGGGCCACGAGGAGCCUCACGUCCAAGUUGCAGCCUGUCAAGCUCUGGCUACCAUGGCAGAGAAUCUUACAUGUAGAGAUGCCAUUAGAGAGUGGGAGGGAAUAGAGCCCCUUGUGAAGCUUCUUAAAAGUGACAAUGGAGAAGUGAGGGAAGCUGUCACACUGGCCUUGGCCAAUCUUACCACAGCUAACAGUAACAACUGCAAUGAGGUGAUCAACUUUGGUGGUAUAGAGCCCCUGAUAGGCAUGCUAGGAGACCCUAAGGAGGGGGUGGUGGCCAACGCUGCCGUCGUGCUGACCAACAUGUCACUGGACGAGGUCAUGAGGGUCAAUAUACAGGCACAGGGGGUCAUCUACGCCCUUAUUGACCCUCUGAGGUCGAGCAACCCAUCAGUACAGAGUAAAACAGCUCUAGGCGUGGCUGCUUUUGUUUGCGAUGCUGACACCAGGGCAGAGUUUCGUAACGCAGGAGGCUUAGAACCACUGGUUGCAAUGUUGAACUCUGGGAAUGCUGAAGUACGGCGCAGUGCAUCAUGGGCCAUUACAGUAUGUGCUGUGGAUGAACCAACAGCAAUGGAGAUUGCUAGAUUAGGUGGUCUAGACAUUCUACAAACUAUCCAACAGUCAGGCUCCAGAAAGAACUGCUUUACUGAUGUGGCUUUGGACAGGCUUCUAGACAGCAACCUAUCAGCAAAAUAUGCACUGACUGGACUGUUGGGCACAGGAAAUCUAAUCACUGAUGGAUUCUUUGACCCUGGUCAGCUGCGUCCAGGCACCAAGCUUGGGUCACUGGAGGACUACUGCAAGAUGGAGGUGGACCAGAGGAGACCAGUGCUACUCAUUAGUUUUAGGACAGAUGGGCCCACCACCCCUAUGCCUUCUGAUGUGGAUGUCAGACAAGAUGGCUCCAACAAGGCCGCUCUGGCAGCAAAACAGUCCAAGUCUGUGAAAGACGCCUCUCGUGUUGACUCAGCUAACUUAAAGGCUGAUUCAGCACGUACGAAGUCUCAGCGUGAUCGUGAUGACAAGUCGCGCGAGGAGGAGGCUGUGAACAGAGACGGUGAACAAGGACAGGAAGAGAGCACAUUCAUUCAUCCACCUGACUCAAAUUUUGCAAAAUACAUGGAAGAGGUCCAGGAGAAAGUGCAGCCACUUAAUACAACUAAGGAACAAGUGGUGGCACUGGCACAAUAUGUAGCAGACAAGAUGGGAGGAGCCAUAGAACGUGGCCAACUAGCCAACUUCAGCUACGAGCUCCCCAUCAGCCAAAUUAAGUUUGAUCUCAAGUCCAAUGUCAUCCCCAUUGGGAUGAUCAAGACAGGGAUUCACUACCACAGGGCCUUGUUGUUCAAGGCUCUUGCUGACAGUGUGGCUGUACCUUGCACACUACAGAGAGGAGAAUACAACAGAGCAUGGAAUGAAGUGUGGAUCACAGAUGAUGAUGGAGCUCCUGGUGCGCCCAAGUUUCCCCCAAAAGCAUACAUUGUUGACUUGAUUCACCACCCUGGAGACCUGAUGAGGAGUGAUUCUGCUGAAGCAGUGCAGUACCAGAGACUCUAGGUCAAUUUACAGCAGGAGAAACUACUGGAGAACCCAUACAACAUCAUAAUGUUAUAAAACUUGCAAAUUUACAUCAAUUUCUGUAACAGAAGAAAGAGGACUUAUGAAAUAUCAGCUUGAAAUCGGGGAUGGGGAGCAGGGAUUGACAUUUUCCAAAAGAUAUAGAUGGCUCAAAAUAAUAUCACUUUUUUUUCAUUGGCUUUGUUGAACACAGUGGUAUUUACAGUCUGAGUCAUGCCAUAAAAUUUUUGCAUAAAUUUCAGAAACCAAGUGCUUUGUGAUGCAUAGUGUUUCUGUCCAUCUGUGUCUCUGUGAUCCGCAGAUAAAAAACUCCCUACCUUUAUGAUGAUUUUUUUCAGUGAAGUAUUUGUAAUGAAUAUAUAUUGUAUAUAUGUACAUAUGUCAGUAAAAACUUGACAGGCAUGCGGACAGAAAUCGUCUUGACUAUUUCUAUUGUAUUUUUUUUUUAUUAUAGCAAUUUUAUUUAUUUAGAUUUAUUUUUUGAGCAGAAUGUCAUUCACUGAUUACCAAGGAAGGUCUAUCUAUUAAAUUGAAAUUUAUUGUUCAUAUAAAUAUCAUUGUACAUAAUUGUGAAAUAAAAGAUUAUA